AGCUGCACCACUUUAGUAGUUCCUCGCGUACGCAUACACUCUGUCUAGUAGUAUCCUCAGCCCAUGUCCAGUCGUCGUCAAGUCCAUCGAGAAACGAGUGUUCGGUCGCUUUUAUGCAUUUCAAUGGAACUCCGCUACCCAUUAUAAUGUCGGGGUUGCUGCUGUAAUUAUUUUCGAAAGUUUAGAGCGCAUAGUUAGGUAGUGCGUCCUGCUGCCCCCGUCCCGUGUACGCGUUUAUUGUUGUGCAAAUUUUCGUGUGAUUCGGAAUUCGAAUGGAAAAAGGCCGUCGUCGUCGAUGAGCGUCGCCGUCCGUCACCGCCGUCGUCGUCGUCGUGUUUCUUUUUUCCCUUGUUUUGGGUGUGCAAAAUUACGUGUCCGACUCCGCUCGUUGCUGCCGUAUCCGUCGCCGUAAAGAGCUGUAAAGUGGUCAGGGGCGUGCGGUGUUUGUGAAUUACUGUGGAUGGUGUGUGGAAAAGCGCUCUGAAAAGCAGCCAGUGAAAAUGGAGAAUACGAAAAACAACUCCAGCAGCACCAGUGGCAAAAGUGAGAAAAUUACCAGCGGCCAACCGCAGGGGAAGGGUUCCAAGCUGAAGCGAGCCUUCUCGAUGUCGCGCAAUCCAUUUCAUUCGGUGUCGCGACAGACUGGCAAGAAGGCAGUGGAAAAAUCCGGAACUGGAACACCAGCAGCAGCGACGAUGACGAAUGCAAGCGUCGUGACCUCGGAACAAAAUUCCAUCAACAGUGGAGGUGGAGGCGGUAGAGAAGGAAGAGGUGGCGGAAAUGGCACUGAUCCGAAGGUGCAAGGCUACUCCGAGGCCAAGAGCGGUUCAGAGAAGAAAAUCUUUCGGCGCUUAUCGGUGAAAAAAUUCAUCAAUCGCAUUGCACAACAAAUGACAUAUGUCAAUCUGGCUGGCAAUCAAAAGGGGGAUCGUAUCCCACCGGCACCGCCAGCGCACGGGUUCGUAUGGCCACCGGAUACGGUGCCGGGCGUGAUCGGCCUGCGGAACCACGGCAACACCUGCUUCAUGAAUGCCGUCCUCCAGUGUCUCAGCCACACGGACAUCCUGGCUGAGUAUUUCGUUUUGGAUCAAUACAAGGCGGAUCUAAAGCGACGCAACAAGAUCAAUGCGAAAAAGUUCGGAACCAAGGGUGAGCUGACGGAACAGUUGGCACUGGUGCUAAAAUCCCUCUGGACGUGCAAGGAUGCCCCCGAGUACAGUUCCAGUUUCAAGGCCGUGGUAGACCGAUACGGUAGUCAAUUCCGGAGCUCGACGCAGCACGAUGCGCAGGAAUUUCUCUUCUGGUUGCUGGACAAGGUGCACGAGGAUCUCAACACCGCUACCAAGCGGAAAUACAAAACGAUCAAGAACAACUACGGCCGCUCGGACGAAGCAAUCGCCGCCGAAACGCUGGCCAACCACAUCCGCUGCAACAACUCGUUCGUGCAGGCCGUCUUUCAGGCCCAGUUCCGCUCCUCGCUGACGUGUCCCCGGUGCCAUAAGCAGAGCAAUACCUUCGAUCCGUUCCACUGCAUCUCGGUUCAGCUGCCGCAGUUGACGCUGCUGCCGGUGUUUGUGCGAGUGAUUUACGCCUCGCAGCAACCGAAACAGGUUCAGCUGGGUCUGGGCGUUCCGCACGGGUCACCGGUGAUGGUGCUGAGGGAGCAGCUGCACGCGGACACCGGUAUUGCCGUCGACCGGAUGAUACUGGCCGAGGUGUCCGAGGGGGGCUUCAAUAGGGUGUACUGUGAUUCGCAUUUGGUGUCGUCGAUCGGAGACGACGGGUCGGUGUACUGCAUCGAAAGCCCUCCGGUGGCGGAAGGAAUGACUCAAAUAGUGCUGUGUAUUAGUAAUGCCCGGAGGGACGUCGGGAGCGGAGAGGUUCGCCGGUUUGGGACACCGUUCUGUAUAGUGGUCAAUAGGGAUAUUUCGUAUGUGGAGAUGCAGAAGUUGCUGUUGAAAGAGAUGGCGAGUAUUUUAAAAUCGGAAGUAUUUGCGUUUAGUACGCCGUUGCAGGAGAUGUUCAAGAUGCGGUUGCAGGAUCCCUCGUGCGAUGCAGAUGCCUAUUUGGAGUCCAACGUCGAACAUCCGCUGUUUACGGAGAUGAUUGAUUUGGCUCUAUCGGUUCUACCAACGGAUGCUGGUCCGGCACACGUGAAGCUGCUGAUUGAGUGGACUAAUCCGGAACGGUUCUUUAGCGAUAUGACAGAUCCUUUUGUAGAGCACGAAAGUGUUGGCCAGAUGAAGGAGAAAAUCCCGGCCAGUUCGGCAUUAACUUUGGAGCAGUGCCUGGAGCAUUACACCAAAGCGGAAACGCUGAGUGCGGAGGACGCUUGGCGGUGUCCCCACUGUCAGAAGUACCUUCCGGUGGUGAAAACAUUGGGACUAUGGUCGCUUCCGGACAUUAUGGUGAUCCAUUUCAAACGGUUCCGACAGCAGCAAUUGCGUGGACCUCAGGCGGCCAAAUUGACCACAUUGGUCAAGUUUCCUCUGAAUGGUUUCGAUAUGUCACCCCACUUAGCAAGGGAUCCCAGUGCGGAAGCCUCCUCCACCACCGGAACCGAUGACAAUUGGAGUCCCUGGCGGAGAACCACCAAUCGAUAUACGAAACAUUCCUCAAACCAUUACAAUCAACAUCACUUGCAGAUGGAUAAUCGGUACGAUUUGUACGCAGUUUGCUACCACCAGGGGGACACUCUGGAAACUGGACACUACACAGCUGCCUGUAAGAAUCCUUACGAUCACCAGUGGUACAAGUUUGAUGACCAACGUGUGGCACAGGUUCCGAGUGAUCGCAUCCAAGAGGAGAUCGUCAACAAUGAGGCUUACAUACUAUUCUACCAAAGACGCAAAAUCGAUGGAUCGGAAUGUUCCGGAACGAGUUCUAGCUCCGGUAAUGAUCACUGGGUGUCUAGGAUAGCAGCGGCCCCGUUGGGAGUGACCCAUGAAUCCAAGCCAAAAGUAAAUCCGCCGAAAUCAGCUCCUCCUGCUGGCGUUGCCGCCACUACUAAUACUAUUACUACAAAGUCUAUUACCGCUAUAGCGGACGUUCCGGUUGUCCCGAAAAAGGCCGAAAUCGAGGAAACCACCACCAUACAUUCCGAGAGUGAAAGUGAAGCGAGCGAAAUCAAGGUCCCGAAAGAGCCGAACAUUGACUCUGAUGAGACGGUACAAACAACUGUCGUUCAAGCAGAAGUGGAAACGCAGAAUAUCAACGAAGAAUCUAUCGAGACACCACCGGAAAAGUCUCCCUCUAUCACCGAAGAAAUUGCCAAACCACUUCCCGAAGUGGAGACCCCUGACGAAGAUUCUUCGAAAGAGGGUUCCAUCAAAACCCUAACCGAUGAGCCUUCGUCGCCGGAACUGCGAAAAUCCACAGAUCCAACGACCUCGGACCAAUCGGACGACACGAGCGAUACCAAGUCGCCCGAUUCGAGCAGUCGAUUCUCGUUGCCAACAGCGCACUCGCAUUUCCCGGAGAUCCUCUGGAGCCACCACCAUCGACCGUCGUCGUUUACGGCCUACAAGUCCGGCUACGAUCCGGACGCGGUGUCGAUGAUUCGGGGGGCAAACACGUGCAGCAAGGACACCUUGUUGUUCAUCGACCAGCAGUCGCACGCGGCCGGAUUGGAUCGGGUAAUGAUGAACGACGAGGACGAUUCGGACGAUAUGCUGAGCAACAGUCGGGCGCUGUGGAUAUCGCCCGUCACGCCGCAUAAGCUGAUAACGGUCUCACCGAAGAACUAACGAAGUUUGAAGCAGACAUUCUCACACAUACAUACCUACAACAUUAAGCAGCGAGUCGAAUGAGAUUUCAAAAAUCUACCACCAACCUCCCAUCCACCAAAAAAUUAAAACGUCAAAGUCCUAGCAGAGAAACCGUACACGAGAAAGAGCAGCAACCGGAAGGGCUCUAUUUAUAUGAACAUGUUGAAAGUUUUAAAUCGUUUUUAUGUUAUUAUUUUGUUUGCCUGUGAGCCUAGUAGUAGGGAAAAGUCAUUCAUUUAUUAUUUAUUGAAGCAGGAGAAACGAAAGGGGCGUCGCAAUGUGACCGUAACCCGUUUAUUGUAUAGGUGCGCGCACGCGUCCAGGUGAGUAUUUAUUUGAGCUAGAGUACAUUCUUACAUGGCAAAGAUGCAAAAAAAACGAAAAACUUUACUGUAUAGCGUCCCAUUCCUCUUUAACCAGCUGAAAAAAAAUUUACUAUACAUAUACAAUCCUAUUUCGCGUUAGUAACAUUCUUCAAGACUUUCCAAAUUAAGAUGAAACAGAAACUUUAGACUAAAUCAAACAUUCGGUACCCACAUUUCGGAUGAGAUACAGAUAGAGAGCAAUUAUCUAGAAAAAAAUAUGGAACAAGUGUUUAUGUAAAUUUACUACGAGUAUAUAACUUUUUUUUUCUCGAAAUUUUUUUCACACCGAUUACCUUGGUCCUAGAAGUUAGGCGGAAAGUGUCAGCAAAGCGGGGAGAGAGGGGUUCCCUAAUCUCCUCGGGGGGAUGGUAGCAAAGCCAGCCCGGCCCUAGUCUAGGCUGUAUGGAAAAGGGACAGAAUUAGAUUUUAGUGAGUGAUAAAACAAACAAAAACCAUCAGAAUUACGAGAUUUAUGCGUAGAUAUUCGGGGCAGAAGCGGGAAAUGGAUAUAGUGUGUUGCAGAUAGCAGAAACCGGAAGAAAAAAAAACAUUAAGCAUACAGAAACAAGUACAAUUUAAUGUUAGUUAUUUGAUUGUAAAAAGAGGAGUAAAAUUAUAAAUUAUUAGAGUAGA